AUGAAGCCAACAAACCCAAUAUCAAUAGAGCAUCCACAAGGGCGUAGCUCUAGCAUUGAAGAUGGGCACAUAGUGAAAUGGGCUUACUGGGAGUUCCAUCCGAAGGCUGACCUACGAGUUGGCAUUGUGAUUUCACUAGCCAUGGUAUCAGAAACAAAUGAAACGAGACGACAUUUAGAGGGGACAAAAAAACAGAGAGAAGAUGGGCAUACUUAA